GCCAUUGAUACAAGACAUUUGCGCCAGAGCAGCUACCCUACCCUCGUCAAGGCCCGUCGACGCCUUUGCCCGGUUGCACAAUCGAGUUGACGCCCCCGACAACACGGCUGCCAGCCUACGAUGCAUCCACCCAUCGCCAGACCACCGCCAUGAUUCCGGCCGGGUCCGGCCGGGCUACUGUGACCAGGAAGUGUCGAGAUGCAAUGAAUGCAUAGAUGGGCUUCCGGUUACGUCCGAGUGCGUGGAGAACUACUUGUUGGCUUUGUUGGCUUUGUUGGCGCAAUCCAAGCAUCUUCUUCCUUGUCCUCCUCUUCCUCGUCUUUAGGGAAUGCCCCAGAGGUUGGCGGUGUGGCCAAUUUUCGUUGGCAAUGCCUUUCUUUUUCUGAGUUCGGGUGUGGGUCGAGGCGCGCUGGCUCGGGCAAACUGCUGGGCGACGGGCCGUUGGGCUUGGGAGGCCCAUCCAUGGUGAUGAGGCACCAAAGUGAACACACAAUUGCCGUCGUGCAAUGGUAGGCACCCAAUGCAAUUACCACCUACCCAGGUACAAUGCCUGGUCGAAAGUCUGUGCCUGCGAAAACCAAUAUCUACCUUCCAGCGUUAUGAU